GCGAAAGCUAAUUUUUUCCCUAGUUGCACAGCAGCCAAUUUGCUUGCCCGCGGCCCGCUUCCUCAAAGUAAUUCUCCAUUCAGGAUCAAACUUUGGUUACCCCUCUCUGUUUGCUAUUCCUGGUCUCUUCGUCCAAUUCCUGACGAAGUUGAAAUGCCCUCCUAACCCUGGCACUCGGGUAGCGAAAGCGAAACUACCACCCUUUGUAAACCAUGCGAUCUGUUUGCCGUUUCCUUUGCGCUCUCAAGAGUGGAAACUGUGCAUUGCCCGUGAAUACCCGAGCCGCAAGAGGCGUCGAUGGGCAAUUUAGUGUGAAAUUUCUCACCUCCCCAAUGAAGGCUAAUGAUGGAUCACCUUCAUGGAACAUAUGGGUAUGAGCCUGGAACACGGUUGUUCCUCAUGGGUAUGUACUGUACAAUAAAAUUGGCGAGCUCCAUAUAUCUGGCACCAAGUAUGAUAUGGUCAACGCUUGAUGCAAAACGGGACAGACCACAGGCGCCUCAACAAUGUCGACCUGGCUGCGGGCACUGAGGCUCCAACACGACCACCCUCUAUUUGUUAUCUUGGAUAAACAUACCAGUAUAUCCGGUGCAAGCUCAGA